AUGAACAAGCAAACGUCUUCCAUCUUUUUCUUGGUUACUUUGACGAUCUUUGCCUUUGUAUUCUUUCCAUCGGCCAAUGCCACGCCUACCCCAAAGACGAUUGAAAAGAGAGCCGUAUGCCCUCAGAUAGUCGACUAUUGCACAUUUGAACCUCAAAGCGGAAAUGCAGAACAAAUAGUUCUCGGCCAAAUUACUUUCACACAAUUCACCGAUUGCAAAGUGAGAAUCACUGGUCAACUCAAUACAGUUCAUGGCAGUUCAAAAAACUACGAUGUCCAUAUAGUCAAAAGCGUCGCUACUAAAGAUAGUCCUAUCUUUGAUAUGGACUUUAUUCUCAAGGAUCAAAUUGAUGUUCCUUUCGAAACUACUUUACCAGUUUCACCCGUCGUUCCUUUUACAGAUCUCAAAAACUAUAUAUGUAUAGUGAUGUACGAAGAUAGUAAAAUAGACGAUCAGGUUCUUGGAACUGCCCAGAUCAAACAGGUUUAG